AAAAGCAAAAGGAAAAGUGGCGACGUCUCCGGCAUCUUCAUCGCCGCAGCGGAAGAUUCUCAAGACCUCGGAUCACCUCCGCCACGUGGAUUCAAUGUCGGUUAAGCCUUCCGGCGCUGGCAAGGUGUCGCAGUUGAACGCUGUCAUACUGGGCGAAGCGCUCGCUUCCGAGGCGCAUGAUCUCGUCUUUCCCAGUCUCGACUUCUCCUCACAAGCUCUCGUCUCCUCUCCCGAAAAGUAUGAGGAGAUGUACAAAAGGUCAGUUGAGGAUCCAGCUGGAUUUUGGUCCGACAUUGCUUCCGAUUUCUACUGGAAAAAGAAGUGGAGCCAGCCAGUCUGCUCUGAGAAUCUUGACGUCAGGAAUGGAAAUAUCAAGAUUGAGUGGUUCAAGGGAGGAAGAACCAACAUUUGCUACAACUGCUUGGAUCGAAACAUUGAAAGUGGAAAUGGUGGCAAAGUUGCAAUGUACUGGGAAGGAAAUGAGCCUGGUUUUGAUGCUUCUUUAAUGUAUGCCCAGCUACUGGACAAAGUGUGUCAGCUUGCAAAUUGCUUGAAAGAUAUGGGUGUUAGAAAGGGUGAUGCUGUAGUGAUCUAUUUACCCAUGUUAAUGGAACUCCCAAUCGCAAUGCUUGCAUGUGCUCGCAUUGGUGCUGUACACUCGGUAGUAUUUGCAGGAUUUUCCUCAGAGUCUCUUGCUCAGAGAAUUGUAGAUUGCAAACCAAAAGUCGUGAUAACUUCAAAUGCUGUUAAAAGAGGUUCUAAGGUUAUUUCCCUCAAAGACAUAGUUGAUGCUGCCCUUGUUGAGUCAGCCAAAAAUGGGAUCUCUGUAGAUGCAUGCUUAACCUAUGAAAAUCAAUCUGCGAUGAAGAGGGAAACUACUAAAUGGCAGGAAGGAAGAGACAUUUGGUGGCAGGAUGUUGUUCCUAAAUAUCCAACUACUUGUGAUGUGGAGUGGGUUGAUGCAGAAGAUCCACUUUUUCUGCUCUAUACAAGUGGGAGCACGGGAAAGCCCAAGGGUGUUCUGCACACAACUGGAGGAUAUAUGAUAUAUACUGCGACAACAUUCAAAUAUGCAUUUGACUACAAGCCGUCUGAUGUAUACUGGUGUACAGCUGACUGUGGUUGGAUUACAGGACACAGCUAUGUUACUUAUGGACCUAUGCUUAAUGGGGCGACUGUUAUUGUUUUUGAAGGGGCUCGAAAUUAUCCAGAUUCUGGACGUUGUUGGGACAUUGUAGACAAAUACAAGGUGACGAUAUUCUAUACAGCCCCCACUUUGGUGCGCUCCCUCAUGCGUGAUGGUGAUGAGUAUGUCACUCGUUAUUCACGCAAAUCUUUACGAGUUCUUGGAAGUGUAGGUGAGCCGAUCAAUCCAAGCGCAUGGAGGUGGUUUUUCAAUGUUGUUGGAGACUCAAGGUGUCCUAUAUCUGACACUUGGUGGCAAACAGAGACGGGUGGCUUCAUGAUUACUCCUUUACCAGGUGCCUGGCCCCAGAAACCAGGUUCUGCUACUUUUCCUUUCUUUGGUGUUCAGCCUAUUAUAGUGGAUGAGAAGGGCAUUGAGAUUGAAGGUGAGUGUAAUGGGUAUCUGUGUGUAAAAAGCUCAUGGCCUGGGGCAUUCAGAACUCUUUAUGGUGAUCAUGAUAGAUAUGAAACAACCUACUUCAAGGCAUUUCCUGGCUAUUACUUUAGUGGUGAUGGCUGCAGCAGGGACAAGGAUGGAUAUUACUGGCUGACUGGAAGAGUAGAUGAUGUCAUCAAUGUCAGUGGACACCGAAUUGGCACAGCAGAGGUGGAAUCUGCACUUGUCUCACAUUCGAAAUGUGCUGAAGCUGCUGUAGUUGGUGUUGAGCAUGAGGUAAAAGGGCAGGGCAUAUAUGCAUUUGUUACUCUAGUAGAGGGUGUUCCUUACAGUGAAGAACUUCGGAAAAGCCUUAUCAUGACCGUGCGAAGCCAGGGGAUUUUGCUUUUGGAUUUCAUCCACUUGCAGAUGGAUCACUCUUCCUGCCAGCAAUCUGGUUUGAGAAAAUCCCUGAAAGAACUAUAGUACGGUAUACCAAUGGAAGUCAUCUUGUACCAAAAGGAUCCAAAGUGGAGCUUAAGGCUGAUGGUCAGUUCACACUUGAGGAUCCACUGGGCCAAUUCAUAUGGCAAGCUCAGUCUGGGGCCCAUGGGGUUGCUUAUGCUGCUAUGCUUGAAUCCGGGAACUCUGUUCUUGCAAGUGAAGAUUCUAGUUAUGUAUGGGAGAGCUUCAAGAGUCCUGCAGACACCAUCUUGCCAACCCAAGUCCUGGAGAUUGGUGGCAUGCUGUCUUCUCGGCAAGCUGAAGGCAACUACUCAAAGGGGAGGUUUCAGCUCCGUUUGCUGCCUGAUGGAAAUCUUGUGCUUAAUACCUUCAACCUGGAAACCAAUAUUGAAUAUGAUGCUUAUUAUUGAAGCAACACCCAUGAUGCUGGAAAUAGCAGCAAUUCUGGGGAAAGGGUGAUUUUUGAUGAGUUGGGUCGCCUCUAUGUUGUUCUAAAAAAUGGAGGGAGUGUUAACCUUAAGUCAGGAAGUGCUAAAGAUUCAAGUGGAGAUUACUACCACCGGGCAACACUGGAUUUUGAUGGGGUUUUCAGAAUAUAUAGUCACCACAAGCUCCAGAGCAAUGGAAGCAGGGCUUAGUCCUGGUAUGUUACAAAGGACAUUUGCUCUGAGAUUCAGGGAGAUUUGGGGGGUGGGACUUGUGGCUUUAACAGUUACUGAAUUCCUGACUCAAAUGGAAGGCCAACUUGUGAGUGCCUCCCAGGGUUUUCCCUUGUCAAUACAUAUAACAAGCUCAAUGGUUGCAAGCAGAACAUAGUACAAAAAUGUGAACCGGGAGGAGGUUCAAAUCCAGAGGACUUGUUUGAGAAGCAUGAGUUGUCUAACACAUUUUGGACUGCAACUGCAAACUUUGAGAAGAUGGAAUCCUAUGGUGAAGACCUCUACUGGAAGUCUUGCUUAUAUGACUGCAAUUGUGUGGUUGCUGUCCUUAAAGAAGGCACCUGUUGGAAGAAGAAACUGCCACUUUCCAAUGGGAGGGUGGACGGGAGCAUCCCUGGGAAGACUUUCAUCAAAGUGCCAAAACACGAUAAUUCUUCCGGUGUGCUGCCUUCUCAUAUUCCAAAUAGGGAGAAGAAAGAUCAAGGAACUCUGAUUACUGUGGGGUCAAUUCUUUUAGGUAGGUAUGGAAUUUUUUGUCAUCUUUUCUUCUCCAUUGAGCUCACUUAGGAAACUUAGGUGUACCCACAGUCACUGUUAGACAAGGGAAUGGAGAUUUUGUUGGUUUGGACAAAUAUGAAUAAAACCAAUGAUGGAGUUCCCAGUA